AUGGAGCUAGACGACAGAUGGGAUCCUGAUCCCUUGCCCAACAGCAACCCCAGAAAUCAACCUCAACCUCGUUCUAAAGGGCAAGCAGUGCGUAAUUCUCGGGCGCAACCUCAGUACUACCAACCCUCGCACAACUCUCAUCCACAAGAGACAAAUCGAAAUGCACGCAUGAAUUCUUAUGACAACCUCUCGGACGAGGACAGCUCAUCUAAUGGAUACCCCGGCAUUUUGCACCAACCACAGGCGAAUCCAAAGAGAGCGAGAGGCCCCUCUCAAGUUGUGCCGGACAGACGUAAACGGCACCAGAGCGAGCAUCCAAGUGGCCAUGUUCGCAGUCGCACAACGGGGAUGGACGAGGCCAUGUUUGAUCAUAGUCCGGUGACACCGCAGUCUCGUAAUAAGUCGGUGGCCCGCAGUGAAAUUCGAUAUAAGGCUACGGAAGACAAUCUUCGCUAUGGAUAUCAAGAUGUCGGGAACACUAUACCAACCAGCAGAAAGUCUGUCGCGAGUAGCCAUUCACGCACAAGGAACUUGAAUCAGAACCAGGAUUAUAUGGCAACUGAUGAUUACAACGAGGAAAUUACUAGGGAUCUCAGCUUGGUUGCAUCUAAUAAUAACAAUCCAGUAAGUAGGCGCAUUAAAGGAGAAGCGGCCUACAGCUCUGUGCUAUCUAGUACGUUCUCUCAUGAAUCUACUGGUCAAGGUCCUCAAAAAUCUUCAAGGUUUAAUCGCGAAUCAGCCACGCCAAAGCCAAGGCAGCGUCUAGAUAGUUCUCGUUCGCAAGAUGUAGCAGCGAGAAGCAUGUAUGACGAUGGUGGAAUCUUCUACCCGGGAACCGAAAAUAAUAUAUGCAGUGCCAAAAGUCAGAGGCAGAGACAGAAGCCUCAGCUUGGCUCGCCACUAUGGCCCAGUCAUGAAUCUUCUAUCCAAAAGCCUUUACCUGCUCACAGACUGGAAGGAAACCUUGAAAUGCCUACCUCGAGAAACUCAAAUCCAAGCACGCCAAGACAAAAGUCAAUGGGAAGGAGGCCAGUUGUGCCCAAUGGAACCCAGAUUGUUGCAGGUAAGCCCAGAACAUACGAUUAUGGUUUCAUUCCCGACGACGACGUCAAUGACACACCAUUGGAAAAUGCUCUUCGGUCCAAGUCAAAAGCCCAGGUCAAACUCAAUAGCAGUCCAAUGAAUAUCUUGAAAGGUCUUCCAACACACAGCAUAUUUCAAAGAAACAACUCCCAGACCGCGAAACAGUCGUAUGAGACUCCACCCAGGAACUCAAACAGAACCACCACUUCAGAAAUUACCAUCGAUCUUGUGACGCCAGAAAGCACUGUCAGUGCUCGAGGCUCGAUGCCGUUUUUACCUAAGAAUUGGACUCCUACGAUGAAACGUCCCGUCAAAGUAUUGACCCCUCUCAAAUACUCUAUGCAAGAUAGUCCUAGUGCUGGCAGACUGCAAAAACCCGAGGAGGAUAUUCGACAGAGACAAGCAGCUGAGAAGAUCGUCCGACAAGAGCUAAACGCUGAACGUGAGGCUCUCCAAAAAGACCUAUUUGGGGAAGUUGUUCGCGAGUCCGAGGAAGAAAAGCGUGAGCGUGAGGAGGCCAAACGUAUUGAAGCUCAGAAGGCGCGAGAAGAAGAAGAGAAGCAACUUGCAAUCGAUGCUGAAGUCAAACGACGAAAGGCUGAAGCGAGGGCUCAAAAGGAGCGCGAGAAGAAGGCUGCGGAGCAACUUGAGAAGGGCAAGGAAGCAGCGGCAAGGAAGGCCAAGCGUGAUGCUGAACGUCAUCAUCAGUCUAUAAGAGAAGAACAGGCUGCCGUUGAGAGACGCAAAGCUGCAAAAAAGGUCCUUCAGGAGAAGAAAGAAAGAGAAAUGGCUCUCCUUAGAGUCGUCGAAGAACAAAAACAGAUUGCGGAGAAAGAGAGAAAGGAGCAAGCAGCCAAGUUUGAUCAAAUGGCUCGUUCUAUGCAGAAGCUUGCUGCUCAGAUUACGGUACAGACAGUUGCAGCAUUGAAACCUGCAAGAAAAUCCACCGCUGACAGUGGUACUGCAAAACCAACAGAGGCCCCAGUCCCUUUGACCACGCUUCCAACUAGUAUGGAAGUUGAUGACGAAGAUUCUUUGUUCCUCCCAGAGACUGAAAAGGCGACUGUCGCAGCCUCUCCAGAUCAACAAAUGUCUCACGAACCUCAAAUUCAAAACAGCAGCUCUGAUGUGGACUCGACAACAGCCCAGUCUGUGGAGCAAGAUCGAGCUCCUGCUAGUAUAGCUGAGAUUUUUGCCAAUGCAAUCUCCAAACCCAGUAGUGACAACGUUCUUGAUGAUAGAGAAGCAGAGCGUGAGGCUAUUCGCAAAGAGAGGGCGGACGAGCGUGCCGCUGCACAACGAAAACAAGCAAAGUCUGCACUUGCAGAAGUGAGUCCAAAACCUCCUGCCCGUAAAUCUACUCCUAGCGCGAACUCAAAAGCUCCAUCGAAAGCUGUCCCGAAGAAAAAGGCUGCCCAGUCUUUGACAAAGUCACCUGGAGAUUCUAUAUUUGGUUUCAAAUUGAAGCCUCUACAUGGACCCGAUGCUUUUUUACCUUGCGAACAACCAGAUAAAUCUAGUAUCGUCGCGGAGAAACCCAAUGCAGACAUCGCAGCCCCGAAAUCACGUCCACUUCCGUUGCCUCCCCUACUACCUCCUACAUAUGCCACUACAACCUCAAAUUCACACGAAACGCGCCUCAUUUCACAAGAAGAACGUGAUGAAAUCGAAGCUGGUCGAGAAAGAAUUCAGGCUGAGGCAAAGGCUCAGAAAGAUGCUUUAGCCAAGCAACGAGCAGAAGCAAAAAAAGAAGAAGCUGAGAAGAAGCGGACAGUCGAAUACCGUAAGAAGAAAGAGAAACAGCUGAGGGACCAGGCUCAUAAAGACGGCAAAGUCUUCGGUGACUUUGAGCUUGAAUCCAUCAUUGAAAAACUCAUGGAUAAGCGAGAACGAGAUAAAAAACGAAGAAAUCAACGUCGUGCAGGAGAAAAUGUUUCACUGAAUGAACAUGAUGAGCCUAUUUCUAAUCCCAAUCUACCCAAUGUUUUCGGCACAACCAGCGCGCAAGCUUCAUCUUCGGAUACUGCUAGUGAUUUCAAUCAUAUGGACGAAGAAGAAGAUCCCGAAACCCAGGCUCGGAAAGAACAUGAAGCUAGAACAGCCGAAAGUUUGAAGGCAUUGGCACAAUCUCGUGCUGCUCGGCGUUCUCAUGUAUCACCAGUUGAGAAACUAGGACCGCUUUUCAGCGAUGAAUCCUCCGAAUCUGAGGAGGAUCCAGAUGAUGACGAAACGAUGGAAGCCAUGAUUGCACAUGCUCGAAAAAAUAACCCUGCAAAACUCACCGAAGAUGCUGAUGAGUUACAACCUGGAGCUCCGACUGAGGAAGAGCUUGCUCUUGAAAGAGACUUAGAGGCAGCUUUCGAGGAAGAACUUAUUAUCGAGGAUGAAGGAGAAGUCGAGGGGGCAACCGCUCAACUUAACCCCGAUGACUAUGGUACUCAAAUUGUCGCUCCGAUGCCUGAUAUGACUUCGUUCUUCCAAGGUUCAUCCACCCAGCAGUCGUCUCAUACUAUGGGGAAUCGAUCGACACAGCGCGCAACACCUAGCCAAAUAACUCAGCCAGCGCCUACCAAACCUCAGAAGCCGGCAUCAUAUAAAAUGGUCAACGUCUACAUGGUGAUGACACAGAUAAUCCUCCAUGACCAUGAAGAUGAGGCAACUCUGAAGAAAAAGUUCCUUGAUGUCGACAAGGCCAACAAGUUUGCGCAGACUCUCGUCAACGAAUACAGGGCUAAAAAACAUAUGCAGCAAGAGAUUGUGGAAAAAUGGGACAAGGAGUACAAAUAUUCUUCCCAAAUUACCCACGAUAACCACAAAACUACAAAAGUUUUCAUAAAAGCUGUGCCCAUGAACCCACAAGAAAUCGAUAAAUAUGAUCCUCGAGAAAUACACCCCAAAUUCGCGAACCAAUACUACACAGUUCGAUUUGAGAAGCAGACUGAGCAACGUGAUCCGGAAACCAAUGAAGUCCAUAUGACGCACUGCACUGUCGGAUUUGCGGAUGCCAGCAAGCUUUACACGGCGUUGGAAAUGGCUAACCAUGCUGCUGGCGAGUACCUCCUCCAGGAAACUAAACCCAAAGAGGAAGUUGAAGAGCAUCAUACUUCUUACGAAGAGGAUCUUAUCCCGCAAGUGAGGUCAUUGCGAGAUCAAUGCGACAAAGAAGAGCAAAUGUUUUGUUGCGAGUUGGAGAGCGAUUCUCUUCCUUGGGCAGACUUCAAAUCUUUGGAGGUUAGGGUGGAAAUUUCCACUACUGAAGGUCCCAUUAACUAA